GUCCGGCGCAGCGUCGCAGGAGCACCGUUAGUCCAGGCAGCGCUCUGAGUGCGCGAGGCUGAAUUAGUGGAAACUCGUGCGCGCGCACACACGCACACACACACUCACACACACACAAACCAAAAACAAAAACAAAGACAACAUUUACAAACAUGUCUGUGGCCAACGACUUCGGGAACCCUUUAAGGAAAUUCAAGCUUGUGUUUCUUGGAGAGCAAAGCGUUGGAAAGACGUCUCUGAUCACACGGUUCAUGUAUGACAGCUUCGACAACACAUAUCAGGCGACGAUUGGAAUAGACUUCCUGUCAAAAACCAUGUACCUGGAGGACAGAACGGUGCGGUUGCAGUUGUGGGACACGGCAGGACAGGAGCGCUUCAGGAGCCUCAUUCCCAGCUACAUACGAGACUCCACCGUGGCUGUGGUGGUUUACGAUAUCACAAAUGUGAAUUCAUUCCAGCAAACCUCCAAAUGGAUUGAUGAUGUCAGAACAGAGCGAGGAAGUGAUGUCAUCAUUAUGCUUGUGGGGAAUAAAACAGACCUGGCUGAUAAGAGGCAGAUCACGAUCGAGGAGGGCGAGCAGCGGGCGAAGGAGCUCAGCGUGAUGUUUAUCGAGACCAGUGCUAAGACAGGCUACAACGUCAAGCAGCUGUUCCGACGCGUGGCCGCUGCCCUUCCUGGGAUGGAGAGCAUGCAGGAAACAAGCAAAGAAGGCAUGAUUGAUAUCAAGCUGGACAAACCGCAAGAGCCGACCACCACCGAAGGCGGAUGUUCCUGUUAAUACCCCACAGCUGAUCAAGCUUCUUCAUUUACGCCACAUGCUUGUUGUGUUGCUUUCUGUUGGUUAAGUUCCAGUUGAGUUUUCGAGUCUUUCGAAAUUGGAUAUUUGGCACUCAUGUUAGACCACAAGGUCACCGGUUGAAAACAGUGUUGAGUCAAUUUUCUGUUGUGAAAUAGUACACUUUAUUAACAAAAUUGACAAAAUGUCAUAAAAAUUUGAAGGGGACAGAAAAAAACGUCCAAUAAUGGAUUAUUUUUUGCGUUUGCUUUUUAUUUUUGUACACUCAAAGAAAGUCUUGUAAAAAAAACAAACAAAGAAAGAAAGAAAGACAGGAUUAAAACUGCUACUUUUAUGAGGUAGAUGCAUCAAGCAGCCAGUAUAGUUCGAAGGGAACCUGAACAAUAAUUACCAGAUGAAAAUACAAAGCAAGAGUGCAUGCAAGACCUUUUUUUUUUGUCGCUGAUUUUGAAUUUCAUAAUUCCACUCAGUUGUCAGCUGGCAUAUGUGUACUCGAGUUUGAAUAUGUCCAUGUAAACGCUUACUCACACACGUGACUUUAUGAACUCUUAUCAAAACUUCACAAUGUUUUAAGGUUUGUGAGUGUUUUAAUGUAUUUCAGAGAGAGCCAGUGUAGAAGACUGACGCUCAUCAAUGUAGACAUCAAUGUAGACACUUUGAAUCCCAUCCUGGAGAAAUGUCCUGUUUUAUUUUUCAUUACCACACAGGCUUCUCUUCAAAAGCUUCUCUUACACUUCUCAUAUUUUAGUCACUUCAAAUGGGAGGAUGAUUUAUAGAAUCAAAAUCAUUUCUGUUUAUUAAGACACCUUAGAUGUAUGAUUUCUCUCCAGUUUGUAAUAAGGACUGAAGAGAGCUGAAGAGCUCAUGAAACGCUGAUCACUUUGACAUUCCUAUUUAAAAAAAAAAAAAACAAUAACAGGAACAUGUAAGCUUUUUCAUAUUGAUAUGGUAUAAUCAUGCUUCAUUGUAAAUACAGCUUUAAGACGGAUAGAAUUUGUAGUAUUCCUCCGAACACACUUAGAUGACUACUGAGAAUUAGGGUUAUGCAGAGAUCUGUACUGUAGGUGCUUUAUAAAUUUGCAGCUCUCUGUGACAUUGAGGUCAUCCACUGCGUUGUGAAGUCAGACACAGCGUGGUAGUGUACACUGCUUUUUGAUUUAUAUCUUUAAUGCACUUUUGAAAGAAAAAUGUUUCAAGGUUAAUGAGUUGUAUAAAAUAUCUCAUCGGUCUCCAUUAGACAAAUGAGUCAUUGUUAGUUCUGCUAUGCUAUCUAUUUACAAUUAGAAAUUUUUCUCUCUCUUUUUUUAACAAUUCUAAUCUAACCCAAGAGUUCUCAGAAAAUACAAAGCAGAUAAGUUGUUAACGGUUGUUUGAACUGUAAAAUAAACAUCCGAGAGACUUAAGAAUGGUAUUCCGAAUAACACAUACAAGAGUUUCCAGUGAAAUCUGCAGAAGAGGCUUUUGAAGUGUGUUCUUAUCUACACCUGCAACAUUAAAUCAUAUCCACUUCCCGUUCCUUCUACUCGAGAUCUGUGCUUUCUGACUGGAUUGUCGGUGCGCUAUAUCACUGUUUGCAUUAACUCACCUGCCUGACUAUCUUGUAGGAUCUCCUGGUACAUGGAAGAAUCAAAACAUCAUCAACUGUGCACUGAUUCAUUAAUCUUAUUUUUGCCCUCUCUGUUAUUUCCUUGAUGCCUUCACUGAUCGUUUUAAAGGCAUGGAUGCUGAAAGCCCGGCGGUAAGCAUAUGGUAGGGAUUGAAACUGAGGGUAUUUAUUGGUUGAUUAUUUAACCGUUUUAUUUGGCACCUUGCGAUAUUUGUUUACAUUUUUGUUUACUCCCCGUAUCACUCUUUCACCUCAUUUCUUCAUUCAUAAUUGUGUAGAUAGAGUUGAUUAUAUCAUUAGGCAUGAACAGGAUGUAUAUAUAGUCUAGCCCUUAUAAGGUGUGUACCAAAACAACAGUGAAUCUGUGAUUUGUUCAUUCUUCUGUUGGCACAGUAAUACACACCAUUCUUGGCCAAAAAAACGAAGAAAAAAAAAAACGUCUGUGUGUAUGUCGGGUCCUGCUUCGGAGAGUGAGGCUAUUCUUAGUGUAAAUGUUUCAAUUUGAGUCUGAUUGAUUCAGAGCUCACUCUCCAUUCACACUGUACAGAGAUCUAGCAUGUCUGUCUGAACAAAUAAAAAUCAAUAAAAAAAAAAGUCUUAUUAC